CAGGAGCGCCCAGCUCCAAAACCGCGGACUAUCGAAGAAGCAAGGGCAUACACACAACUUUGUGCAAGGCGCAUCGCCUCGGGAGUCCUACAGCUCUCGAAACCCUGAAAUGGAUCCCAAAUUUAAGCGUGGCCAGACGUCGCCGACAGCGCCCAAGUAUACUUGAUGGCACUGGCUUCUAAUUAUUGCAUGUAAGCGCUAAUUUUGCAUAAAUGGGGCAGGGUCGAGGCUGCACGCCAACGAGUCGCAGGACCAAGCUGCGAGUCCUGGCUGUUCUGCUCGCAAACCUGGUCUUCUUCCGCCUAUCGCUAACACAACUCGUGGAUGGCGGUCUCGAUAUAACGCUUAUCCCGCCCUCGCCGGAGCCGCCCAGCCCGCUGCCCGAGUCUCUCCCGCGCGCGGUGCCCAUCCCCGGCGCCUAUAUCACAUCGCUGGUCGCGCUGCGCUACCUGGCUCCGCGCGGGGGGCCCCCGCGCUGGCGCCCCUUCAACCUCAGCCUCGAAAACACCCCGGUGGAGCUCGCCCCCGGACCCGGCUAUGUGUGGGCGGCGGUGCCGCGGCUCACGCCGCAGCUGGUGCCGGUGUGUCUGCCUGACCACUGGAGCGACACGGCGGCGGCGCUGGCGUGCCGCGGCGCGGGCUUUGGCUCCGGCGGCGUGGCGGCGGUGCCGCACAUUGGGAGCGGCGGCGGCGGGGAUGGGGAUGGGGAUGGGGAUGGCGGCGAGCUGCCGUGGGGCAGUGUGCCCAAUGUGCCGUGGACGGGCAGCAGCGCCCUGCACAACCUCCGUGUGGUUACCGACCUGCGGUGCCCCCCCGGCGCUACGUCACUGGCCGAAUGUACGGCAGUGUACAUGGACUGGGCGUACGGCGUGUGCAACUCCCUUGCGACUGUGCUGUGCGGCGCAACCCGUCCCCCGGCUCCCCCGCCGCCUCCGCCGCCCCCGCCGCCGCCUCCGCCGCCUCCUCCCCCGAACCCCUUGCGGCCACCGCCGCCCGCGGUGUUUCCCCCAGAGGGUCCUUCCACACCGCCGCCGCCGCCACCGCCGCCGCCACCGCCCAACUCGCAGGAAACACCUCCAAGCCUGCUGGACACGGCCCUCCAGCCCGAGGCGGUCCACUUUGACGCCGAGAUCAGCGACCUGUGGUGGUCGCAGGCACGAACCCUGUUCCCCGCAGACGACCCACGGGCCGUGGGGGGGCCGCUGGGGCCGUACGACCUGGAUCUGGAGUACUACUACGACGACGCGAUAUGGGGCCUCUGGCGCAUGCCGCUGCCGUACAGCCAGCGCAACCCGCUCCAUACGACUUACCAGGCCUUCAUCUUUGACGGCGAGUGCCGCGGCCGACUUGCAAGCAGUGGGUGGCCGCAGUCCAGCAUGCUGCUCGACGGCAGCAGCUGACGGGGGCGGCUGGACACGGACGUGCCGUCCUUU